CUCCCUCAGGGAGGGACAGCGCGCGGGCGGGCCGUGAGGAGAAAAUGUCAGUGUGGGCCCGGCGUGAGGGGGGAAAUUGUGUCUCUGUCGGUGACGGAGUAAGAGCCGUCGCACAGAGCUCUGGAAUUCCUCCUGCCCAGUGAUGAUGGUUGUCACUGCCUCCGCUCACCUUGCAAGGCUUCCACCCUGGAGCCUCUCAGUCUCUCCCACAGCAAAAACGCUACGCAAAAGCUGGACCUCCUGGAUUUGUGAGCACACGCUGCCAUCAGAACACUGUUGUGCACCACAGCCAUGCGCUUGCUGAGUAAAAUCCAAAUGGGCUGUAACGAGAGGAAAACUCAGGUGAAGAGCUCCUGGCUCAGCUCACAUCAAUAGCGGCGGAGGGGAGGCUGAAGGUAAGAGAGAGUCUUCAGGCCUGAAAUGCCCAACUUUAAUAUUCAUUUGAAAUACUGAUGAAGCGUUACGUACCUCUAACAUUUUAUAGCGGUCUCGCUGUUAUUUACAACAUUUGUCAUUAUCUUUCCUGCUUUCCAGAGCUGGGUGUAAGAAUCAAAGCUGAUCAAGCCUGAUUCUGACUUAAGCUGAUGUUUGAAAAACUAGCAAAAAAACUAUUGUGUAAGUUUACAACUUCUGUAUUACCAAAAGUCCAAAGAGAGAGGGAGCUGUGGGAAGACUGGGAGGGCAUGCGCUGGCACACUCAGCGCUGGUGGAAAGGCAGGUUCAAAGGCCGGCUGCUCAGUCAAAAUUUCAGGCUGCUUUUGUGGUUUGCUAAUUCAUUUUCAACACCACUCCGAUGUGUUUGACUCUUCUAUCAGCCGUCACACUCUCGGAGGUUGCUUGAUGAGUUUUGUCAGUUUGCAGCCCCCCGGUCUGCCAGCUGGCUCAAAAUCACUCCCGCUCAUUUGCAACUCAGGCAGUACGCUGAAUUGAUUUGAUUCCAGCAAACUCCUGCUCGCAGUCGCAGCUUGUAAUUUUCCUUGCUUAGUUAUCAGAAAAAAACAACUUACAGAAGUGGGUCAAAGAAAGAAAAUACACAUUUUGAGUAGUUCCUAUAUUCUUUUCAUUACAGCGUUGUCUAGACACCCUCAACUAUUGGUUUAAUAAUUUGGAAAUGUCUACUUUUGUUCCUCUUCACCCAAAUGUGAAUUUCACAUGAAUGCAUCUGGAGAUUAUUUAUUGCAUUUAGAAGAUAACCUUCCAUGACUAGCUCCAAGAACAACCACAGCCCCUUUUUGUUUCUUUGUUUCUCUGGGUGUGAGUGGAAGCAGGGGGGUCUGAGGGGUCUCCACCAGCUCCUGUGCUGGGAGCAGCUCAGCCGGGUGCUUGUGGCCCGGCACUUCCAGGAGCGGGGAGUCCAGCGGAAGGUCACACUGCUGCUCCUGGAUCGCCUGACAUCGAUCUUCACUUGAAUCUCCCUCUUGCUGUUAAAUCCACAAGAGGGAUAUUUUUGGCUGCUAUUCCUGCUAGCAAAGCACAUGCAGCACCGAAAGAGCUGACUGCAGGGGAGACUCGGGAAGGGUCAGAGCAGGCAAAGCCGCCUGCGGGGAGAGAGGAGGUGACAGGAAACUCCGGCGAUGCCCCUGGGAGACGCUUGCGGAGCUGCAGGCGCCCGGCUCUCGCUUCUCUUUGGCGCAGCCUCUCCGGACUACAACGCCCAGAAUCCCUCCCGCCGCCGCCAGCCAAUCCGCGGGACACCCCGCGCGGAGCCCGCCGGAACUUGUAGGCAGGCGGCAGGGCCGGGCGAGGAGGAGGCGGUGGCGCUCCGCCCCGGGGGAGGGACGGCGCAAGGCGCGGGGGGCACGGCGGCCAGGUACCCGCGGCGGCCCUGCCAGACAGCAGCUCGCUGCGGCCGGCCCUUGUCUCCGCGACGUUGCGAGCUACGAGAGCGCCGGAGCGCGGCGGCCUCCCGCGGGGACCAGAGGAGGAGCAGCGGCCUAGGGGCUGCCCGCGGCGGGCUCGGGCUCAGAGGGGUGCCGCGGCCGCAGGGGGUGUGCGGCACCGGAGGAGCCUUCCCCGCCGAGCCGGGCCGGGCCGCUCCCCGCAGGAGGCACGGAGCGCCGCGGGACCGGCAGCGGCGGGGCGAGGAGCGGCCCCCCCGGGGCGCCGGCCGGAGCAGGGAGCCGCGGGGAGUGGGACUCGGCGCUGCCCGCCCGCCGGCUGCGCCCCGGCCGAGCAUGCACUGAUCCGCUGCCUCGUCUCAGCCCCGUC